AUGGCCCCCGCAUUCAGCGCAAGCUUGAAGGACCCUAGUCUUUUUGUUGAGAAAUCAUACAUCAACGGCCAAUGGGUUCCUUCAGUAUCAAACAAGACCUUCAAAGUUUAUAACCCUGCCACCGAGGAACUCGUGGGAACAGCUCCUGAAUCAAACACCGAGGACAUCAACGCUGCCAUCGAAGCCGCUGCGAAGGCCUUCCCCACAUGGCGCGCUCAGUCAGGACGCCAGCGCAGCCGCAUCUUGCGCAAAUUCUUCGAGCUUAUUGUUGAGAACAAGGAGGAUAUUGGCAAGAUUAUCACAGCAGAGAACGGCAAGGCCAAGGGCGACGCCGAAGGAGAGGCGCUCUUCUCUUCCGGAUUCUUCGAAUGGUUCUCCGAGGAGGCGCCGCGUAUCUACGGAGAUGUCAUUCCUCACAGCAACCCCUCUAGCCGUACACAGGUCAUCAAGGAGCCGAUCGGUGUCUGUGGCUUGAUCACUCCGUGGAACUUCCCCAUGGCCAUGGGAGCGCGCAAGGUGGCCGCUGCCCUGGCUGCAGGAUGCACCGUGGUGAUGAAAUCAGAUGGUCUGACGCCUUUCUCUUCAAACGCUCUGGCCGCUCUUGGCGAGCGCGCGGGCGUUCCCAAGGGUGUCUUCAACGUUGUGACUGCAUUGGAAAACACCCCUUCUCUAGGAUUGGCCCUUUGCGAGUCAGAUAUCGUCAAGAAGAUCUCGUUCACGGGAUCAACACGGGUUGGCAAGCUUCUUAUGCAGCAGUCCAGUAACACGCUCAAGAAACUCAGUCUCGAGCUUGGUGGUAACGCUCCUUUUAUCGUUUUUGAUGAUGCCGAUCUCGAGACCGCGGUGACUGCUGCUGUUAUUAGCAAGUUCAAGGUUACUGGCCAGACUUGCGUAUGUGCGAACAGAUUUUUCGUCCAGGAAGGUAUCUAUGAGAAGUUCACCCAGCGAUUCGUCGAGGAGAUGAAGAAGGCGCAGGUUGGAGAUGCCAGUGGUCAAAAUGCCGCCGUCACUCACGGCCCUCUGACUAACGGCGUGGGUAAGACACAAGAACAUAUCCAGGACGCUGUCGGCAAGGGUGCCUCCGUGCUUCUCGGUGGCAAGAGCUUGACAUCUCUUGGAAAGAACUUCCACGAAAUCACCAUCUUGGGCAACACCGACGAUUCUAUGCAGGUUGGCACUGAAGAGACCUUCGGCCCCGUCGCAGCCCUGUCAAAGUUCACUACGGAGGAUGAAGUAGUUGACCGCGCAAACAACUGCGAGGUCGGUCUUGCGUCCUACCUUAUGACCAGCGACCUGGGUAAGGCCCAUCGUAUUUCUGAGCGAUUGGAAUUUGGAAUGGUGGCCAUUAACACUGGUGUUAUCUCUGACUCUGCUGCACCAUUUGGUGGUGUCAAGCACUCUGGCAUGGGUCGCGAAGGCAGCAAGUACGGCAUUGACGACUAUGUCAACAUUAAGAUGAUUGUGACCGGCGGGAUCAACACCGUGUACUCGUCUAAGUUUUGA